AGCAGUUGCCAGAUGUUUGUUUAAAUGUGCCAUACUGGCUUGUGAAGAGCAGAACUAUGCCCAGGCUUUGAUCCUGUUGGACAAAUCCUUGGCCCUGGGUGGGAAUAAGAAGUUCUGGUACCAUUUCACAUUGACCAAGGUCAGAGCUGUAUUAGGGCAGAGACAUCAGGAUGCACAAGCCAAGGCUGAACUCAUUAUAAAGGAAGGCUGUGAAGCGCUCAAGCUCAACCUGGAGCAACAGGCCAUUCAAGCACCUGAGCUCACGUUCAUGAUUAUUUCACUAGAGAUGAGAGGUGCCAUGGAAUGUAUAAGUUCCAUCACUGGAAGUGAAUGCGGAGGAGCUCCUUCCACUGAGGCUCUGCAGAAGUUAACGUCUUCCUGUGAUAAACUCAGAGAUUGUGCCAUUCUUCUUCUUCUUAUUAUUAUUAUUAUUCUUAUUCUUCUUUUUUUUAUUUGCUCCGAUUGUUUACUUAACAGAUUUGCUUGGUUUCAGCAGCUGGUUGCAUAUAUUCUAUAUAUACUCUUCUUGUUAAAGCAAAGCUGUCCAUCACAAUAUGGCAUUCAGUGUAAUAUAUGCUGCUUGCUAAACUGCUGGACAGAACGAAAAAAAAAGAGAGGGAGGGACAGGAGGAAAAAAAGGGACAAAGGAGAAAAAGAAGAGAAGAAAAAAAAAAAAGAGAUUGUGCCAUUACGUUUACUAAGCUCAGCUACAAUGAGCAGGCUGCAGAAGCACAUGCAGAAACACUGAGGUUUGUCUGUCAGAAGUUCAAUCAAAUUUAAAAAUAAAGAAACUAAAAUUUAGUUUUUUUUUGUCUUUUUAGUCAGACAAAACUUAAGUGAUUUAAACAGUCGGCUCACACUUUAUCAGACUAAUGCUCACAGUACUUGCUCUGCCACAUACACAUACUUUUUUGUUUACUGUGUUAAUCAUCUAUUCUUCCUCUACAGAUUCUUGUCCUCCCAUGCAGCUGAUCCAGCCAGUAAACAGCAUUUCCUGCUCAAUGGCCUCUCCCAGAUGCAGUUAGCUGUCAUGUUACAGGAACACGUAGCUCAGAGAAUUCAGGACCUGCUAUACCCACAGGAGGAGAGCCAUCAACAGCUGCUACCAGCCAUCAGAAAACUGCUGCGCCUGCGACUGGCCUUGGCAGAAUUUUGUCUAGCCAUGUUGGAGGAGCACUGUGCUGAGGAAAAAAGCCAAGCUGUGGCUCGGAUGCCGAAAACCUCUGUUAUGAUAGCAUUGGAGGAUUUUACACGCUGCACUCCUGAACCUGACUCUUUGGAACAGGAAUGGGUGAGUGUGGGUAGCACCUUGGGACAGGUUGCUCUGAGCCAACUUGCUGCAGUCCGUUCCUACAAGCUGGUCAACAUGGAGACCAGAGCUCGAUGCCUGACUCUGAUGGGGACGUACCUUAGACUGCAGGCUGUGCAUGAAGGACCUGUUCAAAUGUGCUUCCUCUGGGGCAGAAACAAGCAGAGUUGCUGUACUGUAUCUAUGAUUGCUGAGGUCCUCAGUUCUGCCUGUGCAAACACCAGUGUGUCCCAGUUCUUGGCUCUGCUCAGUUUUCACAGGAAACUGCUUCUUGCACAGGAGGAGAGGCCCAACAGCAUGCUUAGGGGGGUGGAGGACUCCCUCAACAGCCUUUCUAAGGUACUGGGUCACCAACUCCCCAAUGCAUGA